AUAUACGACCUGAGAACCAAGAGAACGUACCUUGAUCAUUCUCGCAAUUCGCCAUGGACGCUCACCACGCAUCUCUAGGUCGUCGAACGCUGGCAGAGAUUCGUCAAAAGAGAGCGGCGGAGAGAUUGAUCAAAGCUUCUUCCGGACCAGAUCUGAGCAUUGCCGCGAAAUCAAAUGAAACUUCUGGAAUUAGGAAAUCAGAGAGCGGAAAUCGAUUCUCAGAGGUCGAUGUGGCUGGUUUGGUGUCUCAGAUACAAGAUUUGCAGAAGAAGAAUGCAGAAUUAGAAGAAGAAAAUAACGUCAUAAGCUCGAAGCUUCAAUCCAAGGAAGUUGAGAAUGAGAUGCUUCAGAAACGCUUGAAUGAACUGGAGACAAACAUGGUACCAUCUUUAAGGAAAUCUCUCAAAGAUGUAGCCAUGGAGAAAGAUGCAGCAGUUGUUGCCCGGGAGGAUCUGUUGGCUCAGCUUCGCACUUUAAGGAAACAAUUGAAGGAUGCAGAGGAGGAACAAUAUCAAGCGGAGGAAGAUGCUGCAGCCUUGAGAGCAGAAUUAAAUUCAAUACAACAACAAGCAAUGAGUGGCUCGCUGGCAGGAAUCACGCCAACUGCUAAUCCACUUGAUCAGAUGCAAAAUUUAGAAAAGGAAAUAUCUAAGUUAAAUUCUGAGUUGCAGAAAUUGACAAUCUUGAGACAGCAAGAUCUACAAAAAUUAUCAGAGGAGCAAGCCCGUAUUUCAUACCUCAUUUCUGAAAAGCAAGAACUUGAAGAAAAGCUUGCAAGUACGUCUACGAGGACCUCAGAAAUCUCAGAGAAGGCAGUGGAGAAGACAUUUUCAUUUGAAGAGAAGAGCAAGCUUGAGAAGCAGUUACAUGACAUGGCUGUAGUGAUCGAGAGGUUGGAGAAUAGCAGACAGAAGCUUCUGAUGGAAAUUGAUUCGCAGUCUUCAGAAAUAGAGAAGCUUUUUGAGGAAAACUCUACUCUAUCCAGCUCUUACCAUGAGGCUGUGGGCAUAGGAAUACACUGGGAGAAUCAGGUGAAAGACUGUCUAAAGCAAAAUGAAGUACUUCGCCAAAUUAUAGACGAGUUGAGAACAGAACAAGCAAAGAGUCUGCCAGUGUCUCAUAAAGAUGGGGCAACUGCGACCGAGUCUCCUCCAUUUACAGCCGAAUAUCUCUCCCUAAAGGGCCAACUUGCGAAAGAACAGAGCAGAGCAGAGUCGCUAUCAUCAGAAGUAUUGCAGCUGUCAACACGACUCCAGCAGGCUACACAAGCAUAUAACGGACUCGCACGCCUCUAUAAGCCAGUGCUCCGAAACAUCGAAAGCAGUCUAACUAAAAUGAAGCAAGACGGCGCCAUUGUUGUACGUUGAUACGAAUGUAUGUCCAAAACUCUCUGGUAUAAAUGGUGUAUGAAGUUAAAUGUGCGUAGCCUGGAAGAGGAGUGAUGGAAGGUUUAUCAUCUGCAAUAUAGUUCCAUAUUGUGAGAUACAGAUCCUUUUGGUCGAGUGUUCUCUGUAGCUUUUUGCUAGAUUCCAAACCAAAUCUAUAGUACAUUUUUUUACAAGACAGCAAUAGUACAUUCAUAUCAUCUUUCUUUGUUAAAUAUAAUAUAUCAUUCUUUUAACGUUUCACACGUUGUCAUAUUCCAAGAAAUUCGUAGUUUUUAGCUUAUUGAAUCGUUAAAAUCAAUUAGAUGAACUAUUGAUAUUGAUUUGAUUGAGACAGAAUCAACUUUACUAUUUGAUCAGCGGCGGACCAAAUUAUUGCAGAAAAUGACAGGUCCAAUUGAAUGCUCUACAUGACAUUUUUCAUUAGUCUAGUCUUAUUAUUAGACACAAAUUUUACUUUAACAUUACUCAAUAUUCAUGACUAUUAUUUUAAAAUAUGCUUACUACAUCCUUCAAAUUUUUGACAUGGAAUUAGCAACUUUAACCACGGUUGGAACUCAUCUUUUUUUUUCUUCCCUCUUUUUUGUUUUGUUUUUUGGAGCAAGGGUUAAACUCAUCUCAAUUAUCCAGAUAUUAGGACAAAUCAUUAAAGUUAUUCUCAGCUAUUAUUUUGUCCCUUUAGCUAGCUGGAUUGCACCCAUUGGAAAACUUUCCCCUACGAACAACUUUAGUGUAAAGAGGGGGAAGAAAGAAGGGGGAGAAGACAGCAACAGAAAAAGUUGACAGUUUGACUCGAAAUCUCCCUCUGUUUUGAUAUUUAUUGAUACUUGGUAACAAAGAUUUCUACAGGUUGGCCAAAGGAACUCUUAUAAUUAAAGAUUCAAUGAAGAGGAGGAAGAGAUAACCAAACCAGGGAAGCUCAAGCUCAGCUCAGCUCAACUAUGGAGUCCACAAAGAUCUGUUUCUGUAUUCCUCGCCAUAAAAAUGGCCACAAAGCUAAUGGCGGAUCAGAGAAAUCUUCCAAAUCAAAGCCUUCCCGCCGCAAAUCUCGUCGAGGUGAAAAAGGAGGUAAGCAUUCCUCUAGUAGUGAUAGUAGUGGAGAUGGCAACACAAACACAGGUGCUGCUGCAGGUGGAGGCAGUGAUGCCGCCGUGGCUGCUGUCGUUGUGAUGGGUACGACAGCGGCAACCAUGGAUGCCGUUGAGGAUGACGGUGGCAGUGCCCAUGGCCACGGCGGUGGUGGUGAGGGAGGUGGCGGAGAUUGAUGGACUCUGUUUGGGAAAUUGGAUGAUGAUCGGAGUGUUUAUGGUAUUGAUCUCUUUUAUUCUUGCAUCUGUUUUGAUGAUCCUUGUGCUUCGUCUUUGCUGAAUUUUGGUUUGGUUGAUGUGUGGGAGUUUUUUUUUAUUUUUGUUUAAAUUACAGUAUAUGAGUAUCUGCAUAUUGAUUUCCUUUGUUAAUAUAUUUAUAUAAUUAUAUACUGUGUAGCUUCUUGAAAA